AUGACUGAUAAGGGUGGGUUUCCUAAAGGUGACGACUUUUACAUUAAGUCGGCUAUUUCAGUUUCAGGCUCUUCCUCCUCUUCCUCUGGUCAAAACACGGUCGUUGACGUUGAGCGCGGCUUUUUCGUGGCCUGGGGUUCGGUUAAAGACGGAACAAAAGUUAUUGUUGCUCCACAAAAGAGUACUACUGAACAUGACGGUUAUCAACUUUGGCAAUAUGAAGACGGCUUUCUGAUUAACAAACAAACAACUUUAUGCUUGGAACCUGAAUCAGAGAAAGUGGGAAGUCGUCUUGUUCUUCAUCAUAGAAGAAGUGGAAGUCAAACUGCUAGCCAGAAAUGGGUCCUUACCAAAGAUGGACGUAUUCAAUUAAGAAAUAAACAGCUCGCGCUUGAAGUUAAAGACAAACAUGUUAUUCUUUGUGACGUUGGAAAAACCCCCAAGAACCCCUUGGCUUCACAAUUUCAUAUAAUGCCACUCCAUCCUGUGAAGAAAAGUGGUGCCGCUAUUGGUGUUGUUAGACUAGAAUUGAUUGGUGCUAAAGGCUUAAAAGGUGUUGAUUCUUUCUUGGCUGGUGGAAAAUCUGACCCUUAUGUUCGAGUAUUCCACGCUGGUAAUAACAAAGACAUUAUCGCUCAAACUAAAGUCAUAGACAAUGACUUGAAUCCAGUGUGGAAUGAAGUUCACUAUUUACCUGUCAAAUAUAUUGGUGAAAAGUUCAUUUUGGAUGUGAUGGAUUUUAACACUUUUAUAAAAGAUAAACCGCUUGGAAAUUGCAAUUUAGAAAUUACUCAAGAGCUUGUCAAAGAAGUUUCAGAAGGUGUUUAUGAAGGAAGUGCAAAUGGUAUUGACGUUACGGCAAAACUUACCAUUCAAGGUCAUCUUCAUUACAAAGCGAAAUUCUUCCCAUUGGAACCUCUUCCAAAACCUACUCCCGAUUUUCUUGCCAAUCUUAAAGAGAAACCUUUUGGUCGUUCAACAUUUUAUGUUCUUAUCACAUUACAAGCUCCAAAUGGUGGUUUCCCUCCUUCUGAUACAUUAGCCAAUCUAUUUGGUUUUGAAUCUCAAGAACAACUCUUAAACUUAUAUAAAUCUCAUUGUCGUGAAGAACGUAUUUUAAAGCAUAAUAAUCAUACAGUAUGGACAACUAGCAUGAUCUUAUGGUUCUUACGUUUCUUAUUAAAAGAUUACAGAAGUGAAUGGGGUGGUAUUUAUGAACGUGCUGAACAGUUUAUUAGUAAAGAAAUUAACGAUUUAGAAAUGGAAGAAACUGUAGUUGCUAGUGGCAGAAAAGCUGUCCGUGAAAGAUUUGAUAUUGAUUCCAAAUCUAGACGAAUUACUAGAGACACUAUUUCAAUUGCACAUGUUAGACGUAUUCUUAAAUGUCAACAAAAUACUGGCGCAUAUUACUUUACUGAUGAUCUUGCGAAAUCCUUUGGUUAUGAAAAUUCCGAAAAACUUCAAACUGCAUUCUAUGAAUAUAGAAAUAGUAAAACCAAAUCACAAAAAAUUUCUCAAAUUAGUCCCUCAGUCUGGUCAACAAUGAUGGUACUUUAUUUCUAUCGUUAUGUUGCCGUCGAUCAAAAGAAAGAAUGGUUCCAAACCUAUGAAAGAUCUUACAAAUGGUUAUGGGCUCAAUUAAAGGGUAAUGAAGCCCUUGAACAAGAAUGUUUUGAUAUUGUUAAAUCAUUUAUCAAAGACUGUCAUGGUGUAAAAGAUGAUGUUGUGGAGAUGGAUCGUAACUUUGAAAAGGAAAUUGCUGAUAUGAUAGACUCUAUUAAGAACCCACAAAAAGAUCGAGGAAUUGCUCAAAAACCUUAUGGUAUCGCUCGUAUCGAAAUUAAAAGUGCCAAAAACCUGAAACAAGCCGAUUCGUGGCUUGCUGGUGGUGCUUCCGACCCAUAUGUUAGAAUAUCUAACCUUUCCACAAGUUGGGUUUAUGGUGAUUCACGUGUCAUCUACAACAACUGUGAUCCCGUUUGGGACCAAGUGUUUUAUAUUCCUGUUUAUGAUAUUCAUGAAAAAUUCAAUUUACAAGUCUUCGACUAUAACGCUUUCUUUAAACAUAAACUUUUGGGAUUUUAUAUUCUUGAUCUCAAAAAUAUAAUUAAAGAGCUUCCUAAUGGUUCUUAUGAAGGAAAGAAAUUAAAACUUGAUGCCAAUCUUACUUAUAAAGGAAGCAACCGAGGACAAUUAUCAUUCGUUGCUGACUUCUUUUCGCUUCCAGAACCAGAUAAAAUGGAAGCUAUUACAAUAAAUAAUGUCUCAAUUCGACAUUUAUAUCUCUUAAUGACUUAUCAAAGUCAAUAUGGUUACUUUGACCUUACCGACUCUUUAGCAAAAUUAUUCAACUUCAAUUCUAAGGAAGAACUUGCUAAAGCCUUCUCUGAUUUUGUACAGGAUGAGGGGGUUCGUAGUUUGAGUCACAGAAUUUGGGCUACAGUGCUCGUCACAUCUUUCCUUAAAGUAUUAUUAUGGAAAGAUCGUCGUGAGUGGGUGAAUAUUUACAACAGAGCUGAAAGUUGGUUGAGUGAAAAUGUACCCGAUGUUGAAGUUGAAGAACGUCUUUAUAAUUACUCGAACAAAUUCGUUAUUCAACUAUUUAAAGCCACUCAAUGGGUAGAUGAAAAUCAACAAAGGAGUUUGGGUAUUCUAGUUAUUUCUAAGAAAUCAAUCAUUACUCGACGAUAUGUUGAUAUACGUGUUGUCCGUCGGUUCCUCAGUUAUCAGAAUGAAUCUGGUUGUUUCGAACUCACCCCACAAUUGGCAGAAGCUUUGGGCUUCAGCUCUGUUGAAGAAGCUAAAAAACAUAUUGAAGCUCAUUUUUCAAACCACUCACCAAGACUUGCUCAAUGUAAUCCUAACAUUUGGAGUACUGCUAUUAUGACUUGGUUCAUUCGAUAUGUAUUAGUAGACUUCAGAAAUGAGUGGGUAGAUUCAUACCAAAAAGCACAGAAAUGGCUUUGUCAACAAGUACCAGACGAGAAAGUACGGGAGGAACUUCUUGAGGCUGCUAGAAUCUUUGUUGUUAAAAGAUUUGAGGUUGAACCGGAUGCUAUAAGCGAAGAUGAAUCUUUCAGGGAAUCUAUAGAAAAGAAUCAGAAUCGUGAAGUUAUUGAAGAACCCGAUGAAGAAGAACAACCAAUUCCUGAUGAUCAAGUUGUCGGUAUAAUUAGGAUCUGUGUUAAAGAUGCCAAAAAUCUCAAAAAAUCCGAUAGUUGGUUUUCCUUUGCUAACCCUGAUCCGUACGUUCGCAUUAUUGAUGCUGCCGGAAAUGUAAUAGUUCGCACUAAGGCUAAUCAUGGAACCAUUAAUCCAAAAUGGAAUGAAGUACAUUUAAUUUCUGCUCAUGGUUUAGGCGAAAAAAUUUCGUUUGAAAUCUAUGAUGAAAAUCUUUUUAUAUCGGACAAACCUCUUGGUACCUAUGUCUUGGAUACUAACAUUUUACUAAAAAGUGAGGAUCAAUCUAAACCUUUAUGUGGUCCGUUCUCACUUCAAAUUGGUCAAAAGCCAGUUAGAGGACAAUUAAACUUGGAAAUUCAAUUUUUCCCAGUCAGUUUCACCGAGGGUGAGAACUUUAUCUUUUCCAAAGAUACUAUUAAACAACAGCAUUUAUACAUGCUUAUUAGCUGGCGUAAUGCGAGUGGAUCCUGGGAAUUUACUGAUAAAUUGGCGCGUUUCUUUAAUUAUAAAACUGCUGAAGAAUUGAAACAAGCUUUCCUUGCUCACUUAUCUUCUUCAGACAAAGAACUCUUAAAAUAUGACUUGUCUAUAUUGGCGACAGCUCUUACGAUUAUGUAUCUCAAGGUUUUAUGCUGGAAACACUAUGGUGAAUGGAAACGAAUUGCUGCAGACAGUGAAGCGUGGCUCAGCAAAGAAAUGAACAAUAUUGAUGCCGAGGAUCGUUUAUAUGAUUUAUGUAGAAAAUUCAUUGUUGAACGUUUCAAUGUUAAGAAUUUCGAAAAAGAACAAUUGGAAAUCAUCGAACCUGCCAAACAAACCAUCGUUACUCGAAAGGUUAUCACUAUCCGUCAUGUUCGUACACUUCUUUCUCAUCAAUCUGACGAUGGUUGUGUUGAAUUAAACGAAAAAGUGGCUGAAUUCUUUGGAUUCAAAAGUGUCGAUGAAUUUUUACAACACUUGCAAAAACAUUUUAAAACAGAACGUGUCAAAAAGCUUCACCAUAAUGCUUGGGUUACCGCCUGCGUGGUUUGGUACCUACGUUUAGUUGCUCUUGAUCACCGACAUGAAUGGAUCGGCAAUUAUGAGAAAUCAUCAGAAUGGUUAAAAAAACAAUGCAAUGGAGAUACUGUUCUCGAAAAAGAAAUCAAUGAUUGCGCCAAGAAAUUCAUUAUUUCAAGAUAUGAAGUUGACAAUGAUGCUAUUGAAGCCGAUACUAGCUUCAUUGCAGCUAUUAAGACCAAAGAUGCUGCAAUAGCAGAAGAAAAGAAUGAAAUUAAGAGACAAAAGAAAGGAAGCAUGCACCGCAAAACAAUCUCCUUAUCUGGUAAUGUUGUUAAUCGAAGUACUACCAAUGAAGAAGUUAUUAAAAAAUUCCUUACAUACCGUCCAAAGAAUGGUUGUUAUCAACUUAUUGAUGAAAUUGCGAAACACCUUGGAUUCUACGAUAAAGCAUCCCUGGAAUCAGCAUUACGAAGUCACUUUAUCUCUGAUAAUUUAUCAAAACUUGAUAUUGAUACAUUGCUCACUGCAGUAGCGAUAUGGUAUUUACGUUUAUUGGGUGUAGACCAUCGCGAUCAUUGGUCUGGUGAAUGUGAUGAAUUAUAUAAAUUAUUACAUUCACGAAUUAAUAAUCCUCAAAUUGAACGUGAACUGCUGGGAUCUGCCAAACAAUUUAUUAUCAGAAGUUAUAAUGUUGAGGAUGAUGCUAUUGAAAAGGAUGAUGAAUAUCAAGAUCAUUUGAACCGUACCUCAGACAUUGAAAGUUGUAAAACCUAUGUUAUAGACAAAUCAGAUAAAUCGGCCUACAAUAAACUUGAUAAUAUCAUGCCAAGAGUUAUAGAAGAUGCUAAAAAAGAUGAUAAGCCUACUAUUAAAGAUGUUAAAAACUUUUUCGGUGGCCUUUAUGAAACGGCUUCUAAACUUGGCGACAAGGUUGAAGAUAAGAUUGAAGAUGCCCUUACAUUUGAUAAAAACAAACAUGAUGAUCAUGAGAAAGCUGAAGCUCUUAUUGUCGUUGAAGAAUUAACCACUCCCGAAAAGUGCAAUGAAAUCGUCUCGAAUCAAAAAGAUGAUGGUUCUAUUGAAUUAAACGAUUCAGUUUGUAAUGAACUAGAUGCUCCUAAAGAAGAAAUCAUUACAACAAUUCAAAAGAAGAUUAAAAAUAAUAAACUUAAAUCACCAGAGUUGUUACCAAGUCUUCAAACUGCAAUUAGCAUUUCAUACCUUAAGAAAGCUGCACCCCAGCAUGAAAGUUUAUGGAAAGAUAAAUAUGAUAAAGCCCGUAAAUAUCUUACUGAACAAAUAAAAGAUGAAAAAUUAGCAGACGAACUUUUAGAUUUGGCGGAUAAUUAUGUAGUUGAAAAUAGUAUAAAGAAAGUGAUUAAAAACAAAAAGAGAAAUGCAGUAUCUAAUGUGCGAAAUUUAGCUACACCAGAAAAAUGCAACGAUGCAGUAUCUAAACAAAAAGAUGACGGCUCUUUUGAAAUUAGUGAGACGGUUUGUGAAGAAAUAGAUGUUCCUGUUGAAGACGUAGUACCUACAGUAAAGAAAUGUUCACAAAAUAAGAAACUCAGAUCACCCGAAUCAGAGCCGUGGUGGAAAACAGCACUUACUCUUAGUUACCUUAAAAUCGCUGCUCCACAUCAUAAAAAUCUAUGGAAAGAUAAAUACGAGAAAGCUCGCGAUUAUCUUUCUAAACAAAUCGGAGAUGCAGCAACAGAAAAAGAAUUAUUAGAUUGUACUGAUAAAUACGUUGUUGAUAAUGUCACUAAGAAGUUUGAGAAAGAUCAUAAGAAGACUGCUGCACUUCCUAUUGUUCGAGAAAAAGUUUCUCCCGAGAAACACAAAGAAAUUGUAUCUAAACAAAAAGAUGAUGGCUGUAUUGAAUUGGAUGAUUCAGUAUGCAAAGAGUUAGAUGCUCCUAAGGAAGAAGUUAUUACUACAAUUAGAAAGAAAAUUAAAAAUAAUAAACUUAAAUCACCCGAAUAUUCAUCAAGUCUGGGAACUGCAGUUAAUAUUUCAUACCUUAAGAAUGCUGCACCUCUUCACGAAGCUUCAUGGAAGGAUAAAUAUGAUAAAGCCCGUGAAUAUCUUUCUAAGCAAAUUGGAGAUAAAGAUGCUGAAGAGGAAUUAAUAAAAUGUGCCGAUGAAUACGUAGUUGAUAAAGUAACUGACAAAGUAAUUGAGGAAAAGAAACGUGAUGUAAUUGAUAUUAAGAAAAAAGAAAUACCUAAAUCUGAAAAAGGUAAAAGCUUUUUCGGUGGCCUUUAUGAAUCACCUAAAUCUGAAAAAGGCAAAAGCUUUUUCGGUGGUGUUUAUGAAACAGUUGCUUCUAAGAUUGGUGGGAUUGGUGAUCAUCUUGAAGAUGCUUUCUCGGUUGAUAAUGACAAACAUGAUGAUCAUGAAAAAGCAGAAGCUCUCAUUAUUGUUGAAGAAUCAGCUACUCCUGAAAAAUGUAAUGAAAUCGUUUCAAAUCAGAAAGAUGAUGGCUGCAUUGAAUUGGGUGAUUCAGUUUGUAAUGAACUAGAUGCUCCUAAAGAUGAAAUCAUUACAACAAUUCAAAAGAAAGUUAAAAACGAUAAACUUAAAGUACCCGAGCGUAAAUCAAGUCUUGAAACUGCUAUUAACAUUUCAUACCUUAAGAAAGCUGCACCCGAUCACGAAAGUUUAUGGAGAAACAAAUAUAAUAAAGCCCGUGAAUAUCUUUCUAAAGAAAUCGGAGAUGCUAAUGCUGAAAAAGAACUUUUAGAUUUGGCGGAUAAUUAUGUGGUUGAAAAUAGUAUAAAGAAAGUGAUUAAAGACAAAAAGAGAAAUGCAGUAGGUAAAGCGCGAGAUUCGGCCACACCAGAAAAAUGUAACGAUAUAGUAUCUAAACAAAAGGAUGAUGGAUCUUUUGAAAUUAGUGAGACGAUCUGUGAAGAAAUAGAAAUUCCUGUUGACGUAGUACCUGUAGUAAAGAAAUGUACACAAAACGAGAAACUUAAAUCACCCGAAUCAGAGCCGUGGUGGAAAACAGCACUUACUCUUAGUUACCUUAAAAUCGCUGCACCACAUCACAAAAAAGUAUGGGAAGAUAAAUACAAAAAAGCCCGCGAUUAUCUUUCUAAACAAAUUGGGGAUAAAGAUGCUGAGAAGGAAUUAUUAGAUUGUACUGAUAAAUACGUUGUUGAUAAUGCUACUAAAAAGUUUGAAAAAGAUCAUAAAAAAGACGUUGCAAUUACCAUCGUUCGAGAGGAAGCUUCUCCCGAGAAAUGUGAAGAAAUUGUAUCUAAACAAAAUGAUGAUGGUUGUAUUGAAUUAAAUGAUUCGGUAUGCAAUGAAUUAGACACCCCUAAAGAAGAAGUUAUUUCUGCAAUUCAAAAGAAAGUUAAAAAUAAUAUACUUAAAUCACCCGAGCGCAAAUCAAGUCUUGAAACUGCUAUUAACAUUUCGUACCUUAAGAAUGCUGCACCCCAUCACGAAGAUUUUUGGAAGGAAAAAUAUGAUAAAGCCCGUGAAUACCUUUCUAAUCAAAUUGGAGAUAAAAAUGCUGAAGAAGAAUUAAUAAAAUGCGUCGAUGAAUACGUAGUUGAUAAAGUAACUGACAAAGUAAUUGAAGAAAAGAAACGUGAAGUAAUUGAUUUCAAGGAAGAUGAAAUACCAAAGACUGAAAAACCUAAAGGCUUUUUCGGAAAAAUUUACGAGGUGGUUGCUAAUCUUAGUGGACAUGUUGAACGUGCCCUUGGAUUUAAGAGAAAACUUACUAAACACGAGAAAGCAGAAGCUCUUGUUAUCGUUGAAGAAACAGCCACUCCUGAAAAAUGUAAGGAAAUCAUAGCGAAACAACAUGAUGACGGUUCUAUUGAAUUGGGUGAUUCAGUUUGUAAUGAACUAGAUCUUCCUAAAGAAGAAAUCAUUACAACAAUUCAAAAGAAGAUUAAAAAUAGCAAACUUCAAUCACCCGAGCAUUCAUCAAGUCUUGCAACUGCAAUUAAUCUUGCAUACCUUAAGAAAGCCGCAUCUCGGCAUGAGGGCUUAUGGAGAGACAAAUAUAAUGCAGCCCGUGAUUAUCUAACAAAAGAAAUUGGAGAUGCUAACGCAGAACAAGAACUUUUAGAUUUUGCGGAUGAUUUUGUAAUUGAAAAUGCCACAAGGAAAGUAGUUAAAGAUAAAAGGAGAAAUUCAGUGGAUAGGAUGCAAAAGUCAACUACACCAGAAAAAUGCAAUGAUGCUGUAUCUAAGCAAAAUAAUGAUGGAUCUUUUGAAAUUAGUGAGACAGUUUGUGAAGAAUUAGACGUUCCUAUUACAGAUGUCGUGAAUACAUUAAAGUGUGAUACACAAAAUGAGAAAUUUAAAUCACCCGAAUCAGAGCCGUGGUGGAAAACAGCACUUACUCUUAGUUACCUUAGAAUCGCUGCACCACAACACAAGAAACUAUGGGAAGAUAAAUAUAAUAAAGCUUGUGAUUAUCUUUCAAAACAAAUUGGGGAUAAAGAUGCUGUAGAUGAAUUAUUAGAUUGCACCGACAGAUAUGUCGUUGAUAAUUUCACCGAUAAGGUUGAGAAAGAUCAUAAAAAAGACAUUGCGAUUGUUGUUGUUCAAGAAGCAGCUUCUCCCGAAAAACACAAAGAAAUUGUAUCUCAACAAAAAGAUGAUGGUAGCAUUGAAUUGGAUGAUUCAGUAUGUAAUGAACUAGGUGCUCCCAAGGAAGAAAUUAUUACUACUAUUCAAAAGAAAGUUAAAAAUAAUAAACUUAAAUCACCCGAGCAUUCAACAAGUCUUGCAACCGCUAUAAACCUUUCAUAUCUAAAAAAUGCUGCAGCUAAAUAUGAAGGCGAAUGGAGAGAUAAAUAUAAUAAGGCUCGUGAAUAUCUUUCUAAACAAAUUGGGGAUAAAGAUGCUGAAAAAGAAUUAAUAGAAUGUGCUGAUGAGUAUGUAAUUGAUAAAACAACAAACAAAGUAAUUGAAGAAAAGAAACGUGAUGUAAUUGAUCUUAAGAAAGAUGAUAUACCUAAAACUGAAAAACCUAUUAAAAACUUUUUCGGUGGUCUUUAUGAGAAGGCUGCCAAACUUGGUGAUCAACUCGAAAAUGCCCUUACAUUUGAUAAAAAUAAACAUGAUGAUCAUGAAAAAGCGGAAGCUCUCAUUAUCGUUGAAGAAUCAGCCACUCCUGAAAAAUGUAAGGAAAUCGUUUCAAAUCAGAAAGAUGAUGGCUGCAUUGAAUUAGGUGAUUCAGUUUGUGAUGAACUAGAUGCUCCUAAAGAAGAAAUCAUUACAACAAUCCAAAAGAAUGUUAAAAAUGAUAAACUUAAAUCACCCGAGCAUUCAUCAAGUCUUGCAACUGCAAUUAAUCUUGCAUACCUUAAGAAAGCCGCAUCCCAGUAUGGAGAUUUAUGGAAUGAUAAAUAUAUUAAAGCCCGUGAAUAUCUAUCAAAACAAAUAGGAGAUAAAAAUGCCGAAGAGGAAUUAAUAAAAUGUGCAGAUGAUUAUGUAGUUGAGAAUGCCACAAAGAAAGUGAUUAAAGAUAAAAAGAGAAAUGCAGUAGUUACUGUGCAAAAUUCAACUACACCAGAAAAAUGUAAUGAUGCAGUUUCUAAACAAAAGGAUGACGGAUCUUUUGAAAUUAGUGAGACGAUUUGUGAAGAUAUAGAUGUUCCCAUUACGGAGGUCGUAACUACAGUAAAGAAAGAUACACAAAAUGAAAAACUUAAAUCACCCGAAUCCGAGCCGUGGUGGAAAACAGCACUUGCUCUUAGUUACCUUAAAGUCGCUGCACCACAUCACGAAAAUCUAUGGAAAGAUAAAUACGAGAAAGCUCGCGAAUAUCUUUCUAAACAAAUUGGAAAUCCUGCAGCAGAAAAAGAACUAUUAGAUUGCACUGAUAAAUACGUAGUUGAUAAUGUCACUAAGAAGUUUGAAAAAGAUCAUAAGAAAGCUGCUGCGCUUCCUCUUGUUCAAGAUGCAGCUUCUCCUGAGAAAUGUAAAGAAAUUGUAUCUAAACAAAAAGAUGAUGGUUGUAUUGAAUUGGAUGAUUCAGUGUGUAACGAAUUAGAUACUCCUAAAGAAAAUAUUAUUAAUACAAUUCAGAAGAAAGUUAAAAAUGAUAAACUUAAAACACCCGAGCGUAAAUCAAGCCUUGCAACCGCUGUUAACCUCUCAUAUCUCAAAAAUCUUGCUCCUCAACAUGAAGGUGUAUGGAAAGACAAAUAUGAUAAAGCCCGUAAAUAUCUUUCAAAACAAAUUGGCGAUAAAAAUGCUGAAGAGGAACUAAUAAAAUGUGCCGAUGAGUACGUAGUUGAUAAAGUAACAGACAAAGUAAUUGAAGAAAAGAAACGGGAUGUAAUUGAUCUUAAGAAAGACGAAAUACCAAAAGCCGAAAAACCUGUAGACAAAGGCUUUUUCAAUAAACUUUAUGAUACAACUUCUACUAAGACUGGCGAGAUUGUUGAUCAAGUUAAGAAUCUCUUCACAUUUAAUAAAUACAAACCUGAUAAUCAUGAAAAAGCGGAAGCUCUCGUUAUCAUUGAGGAAUCAGCCACUCCUGAAAAAUGCAAAGAAAUCGUCUCGAAUCAAAAAGAUGAUGGUUCUAUUGAGUUAGGUGAUUCAGUUUGUAAUGAACUAGAUGUUCCUAAGGAAGAAGUUAUUACAACAAUUCAAAAGAAGAUUAAAAAUAAUAAACUUAAAUUACCCGAACAUUCAUCAAGUCUGGAAACUGCAAUUAAUCUUGCGUACCUUAAGAAAGCCGCAUCCCAGUAUGGAGACUUAUGGAAAGAUAAAUAUAAUAAAGCCCGUGAAUAUCUAUCAAAACAAAUAGGAGAUGCUGACGCCGAACAAGAACUUUUAGAAUGUGCCGAUAAUUAUGUAACUGAGAAUGCCAUAAAUAAAGUGAUUAAUAAUAAAAGGAAAAAUUCAGUGGAUACGGUGCAAAAGUCAACUACACCAGAAAAAUGCAACGAUGCAGUAUCUAAACAAAAGGAUGACGGCUCUUUUGAAAUUAGUGAAACGGUUUGCGAAGAAAUAGAUGUUCCUGUUGUAGACAUAGUACCUACAGUAAAGAAAUGUACACAAAAUAAGAAACUUAAAUCACCCGAAUCAGAGCCGUGGUGGAAAACAGCACUUACUCUUAGUUACCUUAAAGUCGCUGCACCACAUCACGAAAAUCUAUGGAAAGAUAAAUACCAGAAAGCUCGCGAUUAUCUUUCUAAACAAAUUGGAGAUAAAGAUGCUGAAGAGGAAUUAAUAAAAUGUGCCGAUGUGUACGUAGUCGAUAAUGUUACUAAGAAGGUUGAGAAAGAUCAUAAAAAAGCUGCUGCGCUUCCUCUUGUUCAAGAUGCAGCUUCUCCCGAAAAAUGUAAAGAAAUUGUAUCUAAACAAAAAGAUGAUGGCAGUAUUGAAUUGGAUGAUUCAGUGUGUAAAGAAUUAGAUACUCCUAAAGAAGAUAUUAUUACCACGAUACAAAAGAACAUUACUAAUAAUAUUCCUCAACUCCCUUCAUUACUUCCAACUGCUAUUAAUAUCUCAUAUCUUAAAAAUCUUGCACCUCAACAUGAAGGUGUAUGGAAAGACAAAUAUGAUAAAGCCCGUGAAUAUCUUUCAAACCAAAUUGGGGACAAAGAUGCUGAGAAUGAAUUAUUAGAUUGCACUGAUAAAUAUGUUGUUGAUAAAGCAACGGGCAAAGUAAUUGAGGAAAAGAAACGGGAUGUAAUUGAUCUUAAGAAAGAUGAAAUACCAAAAUCCGAAAAACCCAAAGGCAAAAGCCUUCUCAGUACUAUUCCUGAAACAGUUUCUAACACGGCUAGUGAGGUUAUUGGUCAAAUUAAGAAUAUCCUUCCAUUUGGUAAGAAAGGACCAGGACAGGAAGGCGAGCAUGAGAAAGGAAGCGCUUUUGGAGAGACCAAGAUAGAGGAUGAACCUGAUAAGAAAGGCGAUCAUAAGAAAGCCUUUGCGCCUCCGGGUCUUACCAAGGACCGCAAAGCAGAUGUUCUUGCUUCACUUCAGGAUGCAGCUUCUCCUGAACAUUGUAAAGAUAUAGUAUCUAAACAAAAGGACGAUGGAUCUAUUGAAUUGGAUGAUACAGUAUGUAAUGAGUUAGAUGUACCUAAAGAAGAAAUUAUCACCUCGAUCCAAAAGGACAUUAAAAAUGAGAAGCUUAAAAUACCCGAACUCCCAUCAUUGCUUUCAACUGCUGUUAAUCUCUCAUAUCUUCAAAAUCUCGCACCUAAACAUAAAGGACAUUGGGAAGAUCAAUAUAAUAAAGGUCGUGAAUAUAUCUCUAAAAAAAUAGGUGAUGCUGAUGCCGAAAAAGAAUUAUUAGAUUGCACUGAUAAAUAUGUAGUCGAUAAAGCAACGGACAAUGUGCUUGACAACAAAAUUCAGCAUUAUAAGACAACUCAGUCUCUUAUCCUCCCUAAACAUAUCGAAGAUAUUAUUUGUGAUGACAAGGAACCAGAUCAAACUGAAAAGGAAGCCGCAUUUAACACUACUAAGGAAUCUGUUACUCCUCAGGUCUGUAAAGAUAUUACUUCUACAGCGAAUGAUGAUGGUCAAAUUGAAUUAAAUGAAACAUUGUGCAAAGAACUUGAUCUUCCAAAAGAGGAAAUUAUUACUACAGUUCAGAAUAACAUUCCUAAUGAAAAACUUAAAUCACCCGAUUUACUUUCAACUGCUGUUAUUCUUUCUUAUCUUAAAAAUGCCGCACCUAAAUUUGAAGGUCAAUGGAAGGAUAAAUACAAUAAAGCUCGUGAAUAUCUCUCGAAGAAAAUAGGAGAUCCUAAUGCUGAGAAAGAACUUUUGGAUUUUACAGAUAAUUAUGUAGUUGACAAUUGUGCCAAAAAAGCUAUUAGAGAUAAAAAGAGGUCUGCUGUUGUACAUGUUCAAUCAUCAACGACUCCUGAUAAACAUGAAGCAGCAGCAUCUAAACAAAAAGAUGAUGGAUCCUUUGAAUUGGAUGAUACUAUUUGUAAAGAAUUAGAAGUUCCUAUGGAAAACAUUGUGACUGGAGCCAAAUCGUGCACUAAUAACGAGAAAUUACAAUCUCCGGAGUCAGAUCCAUGGUGGAAGACAGCACUUACUAUGAGUUAUCUUCAAGUUGCCGCACCUCAUUAUAAUGAUCAUUGGAAAGAUAAAUAUAACAAAGCUCGCAAGUAUUUAUCUGAACAAAUUGGUGAUCCGAAUGUUGAAGAAGAAUUAUUAAAUUGUACUAAUAAAUAUGUGGUUGACCGAGCACACGACAAAGCUAUCCGAUACGAUAUUCAAGAACCUGUUCAUGUUACAAAACUUGAUUUCACUGAUGAAACUUAUCAAAAAGUUCUUGAAGGCUUACGUUCCUCCGCCCAUCCUGAUGCUGCUCGUAUAAUUUGCAAAUCUCAGAAUGACGACGGUUCCUUUACCCUAAAUCCUUUAAUUACCGAUCAUCUCAAUAUAAAACCAGAAGAAUUUAAUAAAUCUCUCAAGAAAUACGUUGGUAAUCUUAAACUUAGAGGAUGUGAUGAUUCUGUUUGGAACACUGCUUUUACGAUCUUUUAUUUAAAGAAUGUAUUAAAAGACCAAGAAAAUGAAUGGCGUGAUGCUUAUGAUCGCGCUAGUAAAUGGUUAUCUAAAAAGAUCGAUGACCCGACAUUGGAAAGAGAACUAUUUUCUGCGUGUAAACAAUACUUAGUUGAACAAGGUAGCAGUUGCCUUUAUUCAAAACCGUUCCAAGAUACGGAAAGAAUACAAGUCAUAAGACUUAAUGUUGAUGACGAAACACGUAAAAUAGUUUUAGAUGAUUUACGUUCUUGUGGCACGGAAGAACUUGCUCGUACACUUUGUUCUGAACAGGAAAGCAAUGGUUCAUAUUCUCCAAACGCUUUAGCCACUUUACGCCCAUUAAUUCCUUCGCCGGAAAGUGCUGUUGAGCAUCUUAAACGUUAUGUUGGUAGUAUAAAACUUAGAAAUUCCCCUGAUUCAAUUUGGCAUACAGCCUUUAUAACUUAUUACCUUAAAAAUAUUUUGGGAGACCAUGAGAAAGAAUGGCGCCAUUCCCAUGACCGCGCCAGAGCCUGGAUAACUGAUAAGGUUGAUGAUGCUGAAGCAGAAAAGGAAUUAUACUCCGCUUGUGAACAAUAUUUGCUUCAACAAGGUGUUGACCUCAUUAACAAUCGAGGUGGAAUUGAACAGGAGGAUGAAGAACAGGUCGAUGUUGUUGUUCUUCAAGUUAGCGAUGAAACACGUAAAGCUAUUCAUAAAAGUCUUCGUGAGGAUGUAAAUGAGGAAGUCGCUCGCACAAUUUGUAACUCUCAAGAACCCAACGGUUCACACACCUUAGAUAAAUCAAUUUCCGACCACCUUAAAAUCCCUUCAAUCGAUAAUGCCGUUGAGUCACUCAAGCGUUAUGUAGGAAGUUCAUUCUUGAGAAACUGUAAUCCUUCUUUAUGGAGUACAGCUUUUACAAUCACGUAUUUAAGAACUGUAUGUGAUAACUAUGAACAAGAAUGGAAACCUGCCUGUGAACGUGCAGCAGCGUGGAUUACCGAACAAUGUAAAAACCCUGAAGGCAUCGAUGUCCUUAAUGAAAAAAAUAGACAACCACGCGUUACUAAAAGACGAUCAGUAGUUAAAGGAGAGACUAUUCAAGUUAUCACACUUAAGGCAGAUGAUGAAACUCGCAAUGCUGUAUAUGAAUUCCUUCGUUCCCAAACUGGCCCAGAUCACCAUCGUACGAUUCUCACUUCUCAAGAAAAUGAUGGAUCAUUCUCUCUUCACGCUUUAAUCUCUGAUCACCUUCAGAUUCCAGCAGGUCCUGUUG